CUGCGCGUGGACUCGGCGCCUCUCUCCAGCGCUCUGCUGAUGAGGCUGCAGCUCUAGUUGGGAAGUUGGCAGCCUGAGGCUUCAGAGGGGGCUUUACUCUCGCACUGGCACUUGCACUCGGGAAUUAUGAGCAGAGCUGGUCAAACCUGCACGCUGUUUUGAACCUUUCUUUCAGAGCGUUUUGACCACCAUGGAGUUCGGCAGCCGCGUGCUCGUCGCCUUCCUCCUCUCACAGAUCGUGUGCACUGGAGCUCAGGAGGAGGUGGAGGAGGCAGCAUGUUCACCUGGCUUUCAGGUAAAGCAGUACCAUGUGGAGUAUGAUGGAGGCUUUCUCAAAGAUCAACCUCUUCUGCAAGUGGUGUUCGAUGACUGUGCGGAGAAUGAGGGCAUGUCAUUUGAAGUGUCCCACCCAGACUUCCUGAUAGAUGAGGAUCUGAAUCUGGUGCCCAGGAGAGAUGUUGUGGACAGUGGGACAGUCAUAUUUAUCCAUGGACUUAAUGAGCAUGCUGAUGAUAUGGCACAGGUGGACAUCCUAGGAGCACCACCCAGAUCUCCUCAAACACUCAGGGGGAUUCUGGGUCUUGAAGAUACAGUGCCGUACAGGACGAAAAGAUCCCUCUUGGUGCCGCCCAUGUUUGUGCCUGAAAACCAGCGUGCCCCAUUCCCCAGAUCCAUUGGAAAGUCGCAUGUGAUCUCAUCUGAUAUGAAAGAGGACCAUAUCUUCAGACUGACGGGGAAGGGGGCGGAUCAGGACCCAAAGGGUGUGUUCAGCAUCAACAAACUGACGGGCGAGGUGGCGGUCAGCCGAGCCCUAGACCGAGAAGCCAUAGCCUUCUACCAUCUUCAGGUGUCCACUACUGACAUGAGCGGCAAACUGGUAGAGGGACCAGUGGACCUGGACGUGUACGUUAUUGACCAGAAUGACAACAGACCCAUCUUCAGGGAGUCCCGCUAUUCUGGAGAGGUCCUAGAGGGUUCUCCUACAGGUACCACAGUGAUGACGAUGACCGCUUUCGAUGCAGAUGAUCCCAACACAGACAAUGCUGUUCUGCGCUACAUUAUUUUGAGGCAAUCGCCUGAAAAGCCCUCGCCCAACAUGUUCUACAUUGACCCAGAGAGAGGUGACAUUGUGACUGUCAUCUCACCCUCCCUGCUGGACAGAGAGACUCUGCCCACCACACAAUAUGAGCUGGAGAUUGUUGCUAAGGACAUGGCAGGAAGUGAGGUGGGGCUGACAGGAACUGCCACCGCCACCAUCACCAUCACAGACAGGAACGAUCAUGCGCCCGAAUUCACCCACUCACUGUUCCAGGCAUCAGUGGACGAAGGUUCUACGGGCGUGGUGGUGAAUCUGACAGUGGAUGACCGGGAUGACCCUGCCACAGGAGCCUGGAGAGCUAUAUACUCCAUCAUCAAUGGGGAUCCCAACCAGAGCUUUGAGAUCCAUACAAAUCCUGACAACAACGAGGGCAUGCUGUCUGUGGUAAAGCCUUUGGACUAUGAGAGCACCAUGUUUCACACUCUGCUGAUAAAGGUGGAGAACGAGGACCCUCUAGUACCUGAUGUCAUUUACGGCCCCAGCUCCACAGCCACUGUGUACAUCACAGUUCAGGAUGUCAACGAAGGACCUGUCUUUUUCCCCGAUCCUCUGAUGGUCACCAAAUCGGAGAACAUCCCAGUAGGCAGCUUUGUGGCCGUGCUCAAUGCCACUGACCCAGACUACCUUCAGGUCCAGAGCAUAAGGUUUGCAGUGCUGCGAGACCCAGCGGGCUGGCUAAGUGUAAACCCGGUCAGAGGCAUGGUCAACACCACAGCCACGUUGGACCGUGAAUCUCCCCAUGUCCAUAACAACCACUACAGCGCAGUCUUCAUGGCCACAGAUAACGGUAACCCCCCUGCCACAGGCACAGGAACUCUAAUUAUCACGUUGGAAGAUGAAAAUGACAACGCACCCUAUGUGGUCCCCUCGGUGACGCGCGUCUGUGAGGAUGCCAAGGAGGUGAACGUAGCAGUGAUCGGAGCACGGGACAAAGACAUCCACCCCAACACAGACCCCUUCAAAAUAGAACUGGGGAAACAGCCGGGUCUGGAGAAGACGUGGAAGAUCUCCAGGAUCAACAACACACACUCGCAGAUCAUGCUACUGCACAGUCUGAAAAGGGCCAACUACAAUGUGCCGCUGGUUCUGACCGACUCCGGCUUCCCUCCACUAACCAACAACACGGAGCUCAAAGUUCAGGUGUGCACCUGUAAGAAGAACAGAAUGGACUGCAGUGGAGCUGACGCGCUCCUAACAAACAUGCUGCUGCUCGCCCUGCUCACGCUCUCCUUACUCUGCCUGUAAAUUUCUGCUGAACCUUUCUGUGGUCCUCUCGCAAAAGCUGAAGAAUAUCUACCAGUCUGUGCCCCCAUCAAACCAAGGCCGAGGCAACAGGAGAGGACCUCUCACACACGUUUCAAAAGACUCCCCCAGUCACACCCUCCCCCGAAGCCUACACUUUAGCUCUAUAUUUCUCUCUCCCCACCUCCCUCCCAGCACCAUUCCCUGAUCUCCCUUUCUCUCCACCUCACUCCUCUCCUCCCUUACCCCAUCACUCUCAUCAUACCUCUGGACACUGUCAUGGCCACCACCUCAAUGAACUCUCACUGGAUAAUAAGGACGUAGCGGAUGGGGGAGAAGCAACUGGACUUUAUGAUGUAUUUUAUUUGUCUCUGGUUAAAGACUACUGUACAACUUUGUUUACUAAUGUAUGGAGAGGAUGUAAAGGCCUGUUUAGUCUGCAGUGACUGUGGUUUCUUAGGGCAAGGUGGUAGCCAAAAGCCUUCAAAGUUUAAAGUCAAAUCUCUGGAGUCUUUAUUUUCUGUUUUCGGUUUUUAAAUUGCAUUAGUUGUUAUGGAGUGGAAUAUAUCUUUCUAGUAAUGGUGUGAAACCAGUGGGGGACAAAAAGUACACAAUAUAUAUUUUAUUUUUUACCAUUGUACAAAAUGUAUUAAUUAACUUAUGUAAUUUGACUGCAGACUCUUCAAUUACCCCUCACGAAUAAAAGACAGAAAACUGAAUCUUUUUGCGAAUUUUAGGCACUAUUUCUAAUGCUAUUGAUGUAUUUCCUCUUUUUCAUGUACUAGCUCCAGUUUUUUUCGAGAAUGUGUGGUUGAAUCUGGAGUCUUAAACUAAUUUGCAAACUGGCAAUCUGUCUGAACUGUGUUUUCAUGGAUCUGUUGGUAUGACAUUUAGUCCCGCCCUCCCCUCGACCCCCGCAGAGAGGCCAAGGAAGGCUGUCGGUUUGGUGGUUCGUCUUUUAAGCUUGUGAGAAGAGGAAAAAAAAAGAGAGAGAAAAAAAAAAAUAACAAUAUGUGUGUGUGGGUUUGUGUGGAAGACCCCAUAAGUCCUGGUAAAGCAAAGAAAACAAUGACGUUACGAAUGAGUUAUGUCUGUCUUUUGCACUAAUUUAAUAAAGCCGUUACUGUACUUCCCACCACUUUAA